GUACUGAGUUUUAAUGUCCUGAACCAGUCUUACAUGUGGCCACAGGUGUACAACUCGUACGUGGCCAAGGAGUACCGGUCGUGGGACUAUAGGCUCUCGUUGUUGCAGAACACCGUGACGAACCCCCAGUUCCAAAGUGGCAUAAUGUGUUUCCAAGAGAUGGAAUCGAAGAGCUUUAAACAGAUCUGGAAGCCUAUGUUCAGGCAACUGGGCUAUGAUGGCGAGUUCAUCAGAAAGGGGACACCGGGCUACUGGCAUGAUUCUAAGGAUGCUGAGCUGAUUGAUGGCGUGUCCGUGUUCUACGACAAGAGUCAGUUUGAACUGAUCGAAUGUGAAAAGUUCAAGAUCGCAGAUUACUUCAACGAUACCUUUGAAAACGACUAUGGUAUGGCAAUGGAUCGUACUGCCAUAGGCGAGAUCCUCAACUCGAAAAACCAGGUUGAGCUGAUUAUGGUGUUACGACAUUUGUUCACCGACAAGAUCAUCGUUGUUUCCAAUACACAUCUGUAUUGGAAGUUGAGUGAUAUCAAACUGUUACAACUCAUUGUUAUUCUUCAGGCAUUGAACAGGGUUCAGAAGAGAUAUCCUAACUCCAAAGUGUUAUUUAUGGGCGAUUUCAACUCAUCUCCACAGUCCUCUGUGUAUAAAUUCUUGAAGAAUGACAAGAUUGAAACCUGUCAUCCUGAUAUUGCACCGUUCUUGGUGCACCCAGAUAAGGAAUUCAUCGAAAACCCAGUUAGAUCACAAUCGAAUGUAUUCGAUUCCAUAAUUGCAGAGAAUGACUUAUUUACAUGUUUUACGCAGCAUUUAUUCGGCAUCUUCGACUACAUAUGGUUCAACUCAAGGGACUUUAGACUCACAGGGUUCUUGAGUGGUGUUGAUACAAGCUACAUGAAGUCUAUAAGCGGACUACCCAAUCGAGACUACCCCAGUGAUCAUAUUCCUUUGGUUGCAGAGUUUGAAAUUCUU